AAGAAACAGGAAAACCUUUUUACGAUGUGAGUACUUUCAAACAUCGGAAACGAUUCGUAAAAUGACGAUCAUUAAUCGAUUGUACGGAGUUAAUUGGAUCCAGUCUCUUAUCUGCUUUUUUCCAAAUCCAAGAUGGCGACUUUAAAGUCGUAUCUAUUUUGAAAUGUCUUGAGUUCCUGGUCUGAAUUUGUCUAAAUGGAUCCCUAGAUUGGAAUAUUAAAGUCAAUGUUUAGUCAACAAGAUGACUAAAAAUUAUAUUUGUCAAGUUUUAGAGUGAAUUGUAUUUGUAAAUAGGCUUUAAUGGACGGAAAAAGUUCGUUGUUGUUGUUGGCAUCAGCCAUAAUCUUGUUACAGAGCACUUCUUCAGGAGAGACCGAGUCAUGCCCAGGUCGAUACUGUGGAAGAACGAUCGACGAAGCGAGCGGAAAGAUUUCAGAAUGUGGUGCCUGUCCAAGAGGAAGCAGAAGUAAUGGUACAUUCUGUAACAAAUGUACAAAUACCCUUCAGAUGUAUGAUUGGUCGUACUUGGGUUUUACCUUUCUUACUGCUCUUGUACUACACUGGUUUUUUGUGGAUUACUUUUCUAAAAGAUCCCAACAGGCAAUAAUUAUUCUCUUUGCCUGUGGAGCCAUAGAAACAACAUGUGCUGCUUUUUUCACCCUUCUUUUGAAUGAACCAAAAGGAACCUUAAGCCUCACUUCCUGUUCUUCAGAACAUCUUUCUGACUGGUAUACAGUGUUCUACAAUCCCAAGCCAGACUACGUCAACACUAUACACUGCACUAAUGAGGCAGUCUAUCCCUUGUACACUAUUGUUCUAACAUUCUACGCCAUAUGUGUUGCUAUGCUGUUAGUAAUACGACCUCUGAUGUCACACUACAUUUGUGCAGGCCAGGGCUUAUCUUCUAUUUAUGCUGGCAUGUACUUCCUUCCUAUUUUGACCGCAAUACAUGCAAUACUUGGUGGAUUGUUGUAUUAUACCUAUCCAUAUAUCAUUCUAGUAUCAUCAGUCCUUAGCACUGCCACUGUCUUGGCUAAGAACCACAUUACGGGGUUCCGUCAGCUGCUUGGAAGCAAGCGCCUUGUUGCAAUCAUGAUUGGUCAUUGGCUUCUCCUUGCCUAUGGUUUACUUGCGCUAACACAAGUUAGCAAACCAGUGGUACAUGGCCCCAUGUUUUUUCUUGUCACUACUCCUGUCAUCUUCUACCUGGCAACUUCAUCUUUGACAGAUCCCUCUAAGUUUAAGCGCUAGGUAACUCCUAAAGUCUAGAACAAGACACAAGUGUUGCAUUUAGCACUAGUGGCAAAAAUGUUUCAAUGGAUGUCACUGUUAGCUUCUUUCCUUAUGACAAAACUAUAUAAUACUUCAGAAAAAUCAGCCAAAAAAACCAGAUAUUCUAGUCAAUAGUAUACUACGGCACAAAUGUUGACUUGUAAUAAACUCCUGCCAUUACUAGCAAGGUGUUCACUAUGAAUUUCCUUGUACACAGGCAUCAAGGAAGAAGAGCUCAACUUUGUAGUUUCCUUGUUAUUACCAAUAACAUGUUCACAGUGAAAUUCAUUGCACACAAUAUUGUGCACAAAAUGUGGACAUGAUAAAAGUUGGGAAAUUUGAGAAAAACGAGAAAACAAAUGCAUUUCUUACUUUUAGUGAUUUCUCAAACCAUUGCUAUGAAGAGAUGAAAUGUUUUUCAGGAGUGGCAGAGCCAGGGGAUGGGGGGAUGGGGGGCUUAAAAAGUGCUCUGCCAAGGGCCUUACUCAUGCUGCAGCCAUGUUUAUGCUCAUGAGAAUUAAAACCUUUGUUUAAACCAAAUAUAUUUAUUCUAAAGCACUUGAAUGCGAGGCUACAAGUGAGAAAAUCUAUUGUCCAGUCCACUUGGCUGCYGAGUGAGUAAAGCCCAUCCCUGUUUUUGCUGUAUAAAAAUAAUGAUAAAUAUACAAACUAUAAAAUGUGAAAUCGUGCUGAUAGAAGCCCAGAACUAUUCUUUCCUUACUGAUUUUUGAGUAGGUAACAAAAGAUGACAAAAACUACCACAUCUUUGUUUUCUGUAUUACCUUCUUCGUUAAGGUUUACCAGAUUCAAGUUAGUUGACAAAAUAAAGAAAUUAUUGCAACUCAAAAGUAUCAGAGUAAAAAAAAAAAAAUCAGAGUGAUUCAACAC